UCAUGGUGGGCGUGGGGCUUUUCACCAACCUCGUCUACUUCGGCCUGCUCCAGACGUUCCCCUUCAUCAUGCUGACGUCGCCCAACUUCAUCCUGUCCUGCGUGCUGGUCGUAUUGAAUCACUACUUAGCCUUCCAGUACUUUGCUGAGGAGUAUUACCCCUUCUCAGAGGUCCUCGCCUACUUCACCUUCUGCCUGUGGCUAAUCCCCUUCGCGUUUUUUGUGUCCUUGUCGGCCGGAGAGAACGUGCUUCCUUCCACCAUGCAGCCUGGAGAUGACGUGGUCUCGAACUACUUCACGAAGGGGAAGAGGGGCAAGCGCUCCGGCAUCCUCAUCAUCUUCUCCUUUGUCAAGGAGGCCAUCCUACCCAGCCGACAGAAGAUCUACUGAGCCCACCCGCGGGCAGCGUUGGCCGUGGUGAGGGAGGACCCAGCGGGUGUGGGGUACAAACGUCAGUGCUGUCCCUGGGCUUCACCUGAAUCCCCCACCCUCCCCCAGGGAUUUUGUUAGUUAUAUAUAAACUGCAGUGGCUGGAGGCAGCUGCCGCGGGGAACGGGCACCCAUGGAGGGGGCUCGAUGCCUCUUUGUGGAGCACAGAAGGCUACUUUUUUAUCUCGCUCCCGUGGGCUCCUGGCCCUGUUCUGCUCAGGAGCGCGGCAGCCUCCCAGGGCCACGGCUUUGGCUCAGAGACUGCGAGGUGAGGCAGCAGCGUCUGUUCUUUGUUCCAAGCCGAACGCCUUUGCGUGUCCGGGGCAGACUCCCCUUGGGAUGGCAGCAGCCAGGCGCUCGGCGGUGUGCUGGGUUUGCAGAAAGCCACGAUCCGAAAAAUAAAUCGCCAAGCUCUUGA